UCCAGUGGUUGGGUAACGUUACUCAUCCGUUUCGACCAUCGAACCUCCUCUGUUUUAGUUUGCAUCGGCAAAGGAUAUUCUCCACGUUUCUUCCAUGGCCGGCGACAAGAAGCUCCAUAUAGUAAUGUUUCCAUGGCUCGCUUUCGGCCAUAUGAUUCCAUAUCUUGAGCUCUCCAAACUCAUUGCUCAAAAGGGUCACCACGUCUCCUUCGUUUCCACUCCCAAAAACAUCGACCGUCUCCCUACCAAACUCCCUCCCCAUUUAUCUCCUUUCCUCAGCUUCGUCAAAAUUCCUCUCCCUCAAGUCGACGGUCUGCCAUCAAAUGCAGAGGCCACCAUUGAUCUCCCUUACCACCAAACUCAGUAUCUUAAAAAGGCCUACGAUGACCUCAAACAACCCCUCACCCACUUUCUUCGAUCUUCCAAUGCCGAUUGGAUCUUGUUCGACUUUGCUUCCUAUUGGAUCGGCCAACAGAUCGGACCCAAACUCGGGAUUAACACUGCCUUUUUCAGUAUUUUUAUUCCCCAGUUUCUCGCAUUUCUCGGACCUACGUCGGGAGAUAGUCGAAUAAAUCCCGAGGACUUUACCGUUCCUCCCAAUUGGAUUCCCUUCCCCACAACCGUCGCGUUUCGUCAAUUCGAAAUCAUGAAUAUCUUUGACAGCGUGACCGGUAACAUAACCGGCGUUUCUGAUUUAGAUCGCUUUAAAAGGAGUGCUGACUAUAGUGAUUUAGUGGCUGUGAGAGCUUGCCCUGAAUUCGGACAGGAAUGGAUUCAAGUGCUUGGAGAUGUAUAUGGUAAAACUAUUUUCCCGGUUGGUCAGCUUCCGACGUCAGAGUACAAUUGUGGGGAUCACGAGAAUCCAGCGUGGCACUCGAUUAAAGAAUGGCUCAACAAACAACUCGAAGCUUCUGUGGUGUACGUGGCAUUCGGGAGCGAAGUCAAGCCUAGUCAGCAUGAACUUACAGAGAUUGCUUUUGGGUUGGAAAUAUCAAAGACGCCAUUUUUUUGGGUGUUGAGGACGCAGCAAGGGCCGACAGACCCGGACCCCAUCAACCUACCCGAGGGGUUCGAGGAACGAACCGAAGGGCGGGGCGUUGUGUGGACCACUUGGGCGCCACAGUUGAAAAUAUUGGGGCAUGACUCGGUGGGUGGGUUUUUGACGCACUCUGGUUGGAGCUCUGUUGUGGAAGCGAUUGAGAGUGAAACACCUCUGGUGUUACUAACUUUCUUGGCAGACCAAGGAAUCAAUGCGAGAGUAUUAGAAGAGAAGAUGAUGGGUUACUCUGUUCCGAGGAACCAAUUGAUUGGUUCAUUUACAAGGAAUUCAGUGGCAGAAUCAUUGAAACUGGUAAUGUUGAAAGAAGAAGGUCAGAUUUAUAGAGACACAAUUAAAAAGAUGAAGGGUUUAUUUGUGAACAAAGAAAAAGAUGAUCUAUUAAUCAACCAGUUUUUGGAGUAUCUAAAAACCCAUAGAAAGGAAAAGGCUGAAGAAGAUCUUUUAUUUCGGUAG